GUGACGGACGCUGUCAUCACGGUGCCGGCGUACUUCAACGAUUCGCAGAGACAAGCGACCAAGGACGCGGGCGCCAUAGCCGGUCUGAACGUAAUGCGAAUAAUCAACGAGCCGACAGCUGCGGCUUUGGCGUACGGUCUGGACAAGAACCUGAAAGGAGAGAGGAACGUGUUGAUAUUUGAUUUGGGCGGUGGCACUUUUGACGUGUCCGUCCUGCAGAUCGACGAGGGUUCCAUAUUCGAAGUGAAGUCAACGGCGGGUGACACGCACUUGGGCGGCGAAGACUUCGACAACCGGCUGGUGUGUCAUUUGGCCGAAGAGUUCAAGAGGAAAUCCAAAAAGGACGUGCACACCAAUCCGAGAGCGUUGAGACGGUUGAGAACGGCCGCCGAACGGGCUAAGAGAACGUUAUCGUCUAGCUCGGAGGCCACAAUAGAGAUUGACGCUCUGAUGGAAGGUAUUGAUUUCUACACCCGAGUGUCCCGAGCCCGUUUCGAGGAGCUGUGCGCAGAUCUGUUCAGAUCGACGCUGCAGCCGGUGGAGAAGGCGUUGGCCGACGCCAAGAUGGACAAGGGCGACAUCAACGACGUGGUGCUCGUGGGUGGUUCGACGAGGAUCCCGAAGAUCCAGAGUCUCCUUCAAAACUAUUUCUGCGGCAAACCGCUCAACCUGUCCAUCAACCCGGACGAAGCGGUAGCCUACGGUGCCGCGGUGCAAGCGGCCAUUCUCAGUGGCGACACGAGUUCUGCGAUUCAAGACGUGUUGCUCGUCGACGUCACGCCCCUGUCGCUAGGAAUCGAGACCGCCGGCGGCGUGAUGACCAAAAUCGUCGAGCGCAAUUCCACGAUACCGUGCAAACAGACGCAAACGUUCACCACGUACGCGGACAACCAACCGGCCGUUACCAUCCAGGUGUUCGAAGGGGAAAGGGCCAUGACUAAGGACAACAAUCUGUUGGGAACGUUCGACCUGACCGGCAUACCCCCGGCGCCCAGGGGCGUACCCAAGAUCGAGGUGACUUUUGAUAUGGACGCCAACGGCAUUUUGAACGUGUCGGCCAAGGAAAACAGCUCGGGGCGCUCCAAGAACAUCGUCAUCAAGAACGACAAGGGACGCCUGUCUCAGGCCGAAAUCGAUCGUAUGCUCAGCGACGCCGAACGAUACAAAGAAGAGGACGAACGACAAAAAGUCAAGAUCGCGGCCAAGAACCAGUUGGAGAGCUACGUGUUUGGUGUCAAACAAGCGUUAGACGAGGCCGGCGACAAGUUGACCGAGUCGGAGAGGAAUACCGGCAAACAGGAAUGUGACGCGGUCGUCCAGUGGUUGGACAACAAUCAGUUGGCGGACAAGGAAGAGUACGAGUACAAACUAAAGGAAAUACAAAAGAGCUGCUCGUCUCUGAUGAUGAAGAUACACGGUGCAGGACAAGCAGGCGACGUGCCUCCCGGUGCUCAUGGUUUCCCAGGUUCUAGAGGGCCUACCGUCGAAGAAGUCGAUUAAUUCCAUUAAACGAUGUAUAAUCUCAUUAUAUUUGUACAUUCUGUUGAACUUCAUCCUA